AUGACAAACACGAAGAACACCACCAGAAAUCGAAUUAUAUAUGAUUUUUGGGACUAUCAAUUUGAGUGGACCGAUGAGCAUCUUCCACACAGUGAAUUCGAACCGUUGACUCGGACCUGUGACACUCUCGCGGAUGAGUGCAGCGAGGUGUUGGAUAAGAUCAUCGCGGACUCUGAUGACAGUGGCACACCCUUGAGGGCAGACCGAUAUGCGCUGUUGCGAGACCACCACGAGAGCCAUCCAGCGCUCGAUGAGCUCUGGACGCAGAUCAACACGGUUCCGGAAUGGGUAGAUUGGGACCAGAUCCACCGGGGUCAGGACAUAUUCUGGCGGCAUCUCGUACCGAUCACGAACGUGCUAUCAUUCCAGAGUCUACUAGGUGGCAUGGGAGCAAUCCGCGUAGGAGAGACUCUAUCCCGAACUGGCGGGUUUAGCUUACACGUCGUGCGACGUCGAUUGCUGGAGACAGCCCAGCACACGCUUCAAGUGCACCGUCUAACAGACGGGAUGAACCCCGGGGGCGAAGGACAGAUAGCCUCCGUCCGAGUGCGACUGCUGCACUCCGCCGUUCGGCGCCGGAUCAUGAGCCUCGUCAAGGAAGACCCAAGCUACUACGACGUCGAGAAGUUUGGUCUUCCCAUUAACGACUUGGACUCCUUUGCCACGAUCAAUACCUUCAGCGGCACAGUGGUCUGGCUGGGCCUGCCUCGUCAAGGGAUUCACCUAAGCGAUCAGGAGAUCGAGGACUACAUCGCGCUGUGGCGUCUAGUAGGGCACUACAUGGGCGCGCCGACAGGAUUCUUUGAAACAGCCGCCAGGGGAAAGAUUGUGUCCGAAUCGAUGAUUAUCCACGAGUUUGCCCCCGCAGAUACGGGGCGCGUUCUGGCGAGAAACAUUGCCCUAGGGCUGGAAAACACGGCGCCCCUGUACGCUUCCAAGGGAUACAUCGAUGCCUUGACCAGGCUAUUCAACGGGGACCGACUCGCCGAUGAGCUUCACGUCCCUCGCACAAAUUGGUAUUACCGCCUCCUUAUGUGGGGAUACUGCUUUUGGGUCAAGACGCAAGCCAAGACGGUUACCAAGGUGCCUUUCAUUGACCGGUUUUUGAUUGAGACCCGACGUAAGGUAGCCUGGAAUCAUCUUCUCGCCGAAGGUACCGGCCUUGGAAAGCAAACGCUAUUCGAAUUCAAAUACGUGCCGGCUUUGAACCGUCUGACGCGUCCUGGGGAGCAAAAGAGUUACAUAUUCAAGCGACCGGGUAUAGAAUUUCUGUCGUAUUUGGGCCUCUUCUCUGCAUUUGCGAGUGCAGCCACUGUUUGCAUUGGCGUUUCUCUUGUAGCUGCGAGACUGUUUCCUCAGAGUCGGGUCGUCGCAGCGACCCUUGCCAGGAGCUUACGGGGUCGUUUGGCUCUUCUUCUGAGGAAUAUAUGUCCUUCAUAG